AUGGCUUCUCAACUCGACCCCGUUGCCGAUGUGAGACGACUAAGAUACGCAAAGGUGUACAGUGACGACCGCGAAGCCAGCACGAACGCAUACUGGGACCUCGAAAAUCAGAUCAUGUAUCCAGUGACAGCACGCUUUAUGACGACACGAGAAGAUUAUCCAGAUAAUCGAAGCAAUCUCAGAUUCGACAGAACCGUCUCACGAGUAUUACAAGGGAACCAUGUGAUCAGAGUGGUCGCAGGAGAAGAUAAGAGACUGGGGGCUGCAAAGGCAGAAAUCAAGAAGGCCGAAGACGACGUGGAGAGGAAGGCGAGGCUGGUGAUGGAGAGUGGGGGCUUAAGCCAGCUGUACUGUCACACGACGGUGGGGACAGCGUUCCGUGUUUGGACGCUUGAAUAUCCAAACUACCAACUUCAACCACUUUUCGGUAACUACAUCCGAGCGGACAAAAACUCCUACAUCGAUAUCCGUACCUCGUUUGGCCAGUACGAAUGGCAUCGACUUGGAAGUCUCGUGAAGAAUGAGGAUGUUCUUCCGCUUGGAGCAUUCGAAGUCCAAGGUUAUCUAGUCGCACCACCAGACUGGAUGAACAGACUUGACAUAAUGCAGAUGCGGCUAGAGGCAGAAGAGAAGCAACGGCUGGAAGCAGAACUCAACCUCCAGGAAGCGACUGCGCAAUAUCUGUACGAACAGGAGCAACCCCAGGGACCACCUGCCCCGAGCCAAUAUAUCCCAGCAGACUUCUACUCCCAAACCAAUCAGCUUUCAGAGUCCUCAACCCAGUACAACAUGCACAGCGUUGGUCCCUCCUCUGCGGAUCAAUCGUAUCCAUCCGAAAAUUUCCAGAGUUCGCAAAGCCAUGCAAUGGAGAUCGACGACUUAGUCGCGCUUGGGCCGGAUGAGCCGGAUGUUGAGCCUGGUCCCUCGCAAGAGGGGCAAAGGAGGAGAAGGCCUAAAACCAAGGAGGUGACGCUAGAACGAAGGGAAAACAACUCUGGCUACAAGUUUACGUGGAAGAAGGAGAAAGUCAAAACUGAGAAGAGCGAAUGGACACGAGAUGGAAACGUUUUGACUUUACGUGAACAGUUGCAUGGCUACACUGUUUGGGGCUACAAGCCUUAA